AGUUGAAUAGCUUCUAUUUUGCACUGUAAUUUUUGAAAAAAAGAAUUUGAGGUGUUAAUUGACAAGACAGUACAUUUCACAAGCAAUUUUGGGUGUUUUAGCCAAAUUGCCAUUAUCACCCUGGAAUGAAAAGACUACGUGCUCUGAUGAAAUCUCCUCUUCCCCUUCCUUCUCCUUCCUCUCUUUUUCUCCUGAUCGUGUGCAGUACAACACUCUCUGGGCCGAAAGAGGCAGCUGAAGAUCAUCAGGCUUCCAGAUGUCGAGCUUUGUUGUGAUAUAUGGGGGUGGGGGUCAUGGGAGAGGGGCCAGAAGCUUCAGUGAGACUCUUCAGUGGGACUCACUGUGGUGUCCUCUGCUUCUAUAGUUAGCCGAGUGAUGGGAACCAGCAGUAUGUGUUCCCUUUGUACAGCUGUGCAUACCGCUGUCUCCCUUUUUCUUCUGCCCAUUUAGGAUUUCAGGAAAUCAAAAUUACAUCUGAUGGAAGCUUAGAAAUCCCCACAUGUGAAGUUAUGGAGCUACCGCAUAGGGAAAACAAAUAUGUGAGCUGGGUCUGAUACAUAAGUGGCACAUGUAGAUAAUGUAUCAGGUAGGAUGUUUUGGGGUGUAAGGAACAGAAACCCUAACCUGGACUGACUUUACUAGUAAGGAAAAGAGUUCCUUUGUGUAGUAGGAAGUCCAGGAGCAGAAUGUCUGGCUCUGAGUUUGUUUCUUUGUGAUUCUUUUGGUUUUGUUCCUGCCCUGUGUUGGUUUCAUUCUCAGCCUGACUCCCCUCAUGGUCCCGAGAUGGGUAAUAGUUUGAAGGGUCAUAUCGAGAUAGGAGACAUCCAGUGGAAGGGGAGAAGCCGUGUCUUCAUAUCUCCUCGGUAAUGAGGAAACCUUUCCCAGAAUCUCCCUAAAGACUUUUCCUCAAGUCAUUGGCAAGGGUUGGGUCACUGCCCUUUCCUCGGGCUUUGUGACUGAGUAGUGGCAGCUGGCGGUGAGGCCCCUGACAAUUUCUCUGUUAUCUGCCACUGAUUGUCUUAAGCUCACUAGUUCAGGGCUCACUGCUCUGGAGAUUUGCAAAACACUUGUGUGUAUGUGUACUUUUAGAACACGUGAUGCUUUUCUUUCCACCGUUCCUUUCUUUCCCCAGGUAUAAGCUUUUUGCAUAUUUAUGCUUUUGAAAUAGUAAAGGGAUUUACAAAUGUUUCUCAGGUUCUUGUAUAUUUUGUGUCAUCUGAGCCUCAUGAAGAGGUCAAGACUGAAUUUGUAUUGUAUUGAGGCUUUGCGGUCCAGAGACCUAUCAGGUAAUGAAGUCAGUUAAGUGUGGGGCAUCAUUUUAUUGAUGUUGCACGUUGCCCUGCUUUGAACAUCAUUGUGGAGUGACCUUCUUCUGUAUUUUGGUUUAUAUCCUUAUGGUAGUUUCUUUGAAGGAGAAUAGCUGGGUGAGAGUUUGAAAUUUUUACAUGAGUUGCCUGAUCAGUUCAUGGAAGGCUUUUGAGUGGUGAAAAUGCCACACGUGUAAUGUUUUUGGGGAUUAUGUGUUUUUUCAUUCUGCUGUUUUAUAUGCCUGGGAUCAUAAAAUAUUUCCAGAAAAUCUGAACUGUUCUGUCUGAUUACCACAUAACUUACUUUUUCCCAGGCCCCCUUUGCAAUUAUAAUAAAAAUAGUGUUUGAAUUGCUUAGCCUACACUGGAUUUUGAGGAGAUCCAGCCUACGUCAAUUCUUCCCCAUUAGUUGUCAAGUUCAGGGGAGAAACUCAACUUGUGCAUCUUGGUUUAUCCUCCCUUAGUGUGAGUUACUACUCAUGAGGCCUCUUGAUCUGCUUGCAGAUCGACUCCCUGAAGGCCUGUUUUUCAGACACAUCUGCUUUUUAUUCAUGGUUCUGGCCCUCAUGCUGGGACCUCUGCUAUACUCUUAGACAUUCUGUGAGUAAAUUGAUGGGAAAGAUGAAGUGAGAGAUACUGUUUUUUUUGUUGAUGCAGUAUGAACAUGGAGUAUUUGUUAUCGGUUUUGAGGAGGAAGUAGAAAGACUCCUUCGUAUGACCCAGUGUAAUUCUUUCAACAGUUCCUAAAAUACUUCUCCCCAGGUCUUGCCACCGCCCACAAGAUACAUUGAUGAAUGAAGCUAUGUAGCAACAGAAAGUCAGAGGAAGGAACUGCCACUAUUCUUAAACAGAUUUUUAAAAGUCAUAGUUGCGAGUAGAGCAUAUAUGAUAUAAAUCGUGUUCUCUGCCUAUAUGUUUCCCCAGGUAAUUUGAAACACUAAUGUGUCAUGUAUGAUAUUAGGAAAAAGCAAAGAGUGGGACCUCCCCCCCCCCCGCGCUGGAAGAACCCAUUAACAGACUGACCACACAGUGUGACCAGGACUGUGGAGGUGGGGAUGGGGAGAGAGUCCAGCGGCAGCAACUAAAUCGUUUGGAACAACGCUGUGAAGUGGGGAGAGAGUGGAGACAUGGUUACACAGCAAGUCAAUGGGAGAGCCUGGAUUUCAACCCAAACCUUUCUAUGUCCAAAUUGCACAUUUUAGAUUUGCUUUUCUUGGUUUCUUUUUCCAGAUUUGCAUUUUCAAAAUCACCUCUGAAAUAAUUUAGACUUUACAGACGGGAAUAAAGGGCAUACUGCUUCCCCACCGCACCCCCUCUUCUCCCAUGCUCCAGGUUUACACUGCUAACAGCUUGGUGGGUGUGCUCCCUGGCCACCUCCUCUGCGUGUACAGAUCACCUAAAGGAGCCAGGCAUGCCUGUCGAGAGGGCAGAGGUGGGGCUCAGGAACGCAUUGUCCUCUCCGGGACCUACCUGGGUGAGGCUGCAGGAGGGCUGGGCUCUGGGAACCAAGAUACUCCCAGGUUUAGCAGCAACGGAGUGUCCUGGCAGCCAACUCUUUUGAGAAAGGAGGGCUCUCUGUGCUGCUCUGGCUUUCUGCCUUGCUCUGUCCUGCCUUGCAGAGAGCAGAGCCCCUGACAGUAAGAGGCGGGGAGGACGGCCUGGGCUGCCUCUGCUCAUCUCUGUUUUUCCAGCGCCUGCGUGUAUUGGUGCUCAGCUACUGUUGCACGAAAGAAAGGAAGAUGCCCUAGCCCUGGUCCUGUAGGCAAAUCAUGGAGUGACUUUGGGCAAGUCACUUGAAGAUCAGAAGAUUCUAGUCUCAGUUACCCCGAGUCUAAGAUCAUCUGUGGCUUAAAUACAGUAAUAUUUGUGGAUAGAAAGUCCAUUGCACUAUACAACAAAUAUGGCCAGUAACCCAUGUGCCAGGUAGCACUCUAUGCCAGUCUUGAAAGCCAACAGGAAAUCACUGGACAGCAGACCUUUCCAAGAUCAUAACUGUGCUGUUGGAGUAACUUGGAAAAGAAGAAAAAAGAACUGAAACCAUGGCAAAAGUAAAUAGAGCUCGGUCUACCUCCCCACCGGAUGGAGGAUGGGGCUGGAUGGUUGUGGCUGGCUGUUUCCUUGUUACCAUCUGCACCCGGGCAGUAACCAGGUGUAUUUCAAUUUUUUUUGUGGACUUCCAGACAUACUUCUCUCAGGAUUAUGCACAGACAGCCUGGAUCCAUUCCAUUGUAGACUGUGUGACCAUGCUCUGUGCUCCACUUGGGAGUGUUGUCAGUAACCAUUUUUCCUGUCAAGUGGGAAUCAUGCUGGGUGGCUUGCUUGCAUCUACUGGUCUCAUCCUGGGCUCAUUUGCCACCAGUCUGAAGCAUCUCUACCUCACUCUGGGAGUUCUUACAGGUCUUGGAUUUGCACUUUGUUACUCUCCAGCUAUUGCCAUGGUUGGAAAGUAUUUCAGCAGGCGGAAAGCCCUUGCUUAUGGGAUCUCCAUGUCGGGAAGUGGCAUUGGCAUCUUCAUCCUGGCUCCUGUGGUUCAGCUCCUUAUUGAACAAUUUUCCUGGAGGGGAGCAUUACUUAUCCUUGGGGGUUUCGUUUUGAAUCUCUGUGUUUGCGGCGCCUUGAUGCGGCCAAUUACUCUUAAAGAUGACCAAACAACUGCAGAGCAGAACCAUGUCUGUAGAACUGAGACACAAGGCUUUCAGCGGGCGUCUCCCUCUUCGACUUGGACUAAAGAAUGGGUGCAGACCUGCCUCUGUGGCUCUUUGCAGCAGGAAUACAAUUUUUUACUGAUGUCAGACUUUGUUGUGUUGGCCAUCUCUGUUCUAUUCAUGGCUUACGGCUGCAGCCCUCUCUUUGUGUACUUGGUGCCUUAUGCUUUGAGUAUCGGAGUGAGUCACCAGCAAGCUGCUUUUCUUAUGUCCAUACUUGGGGUGAUUGACAUUAUUGGCAAUAUCACGUUCGGAUGGCUAACCGACAGAAGGUGUCUGAAGAAUUACCAGUAUAUUUGCUACCUCUUUGCCAUCGGAAUGGAUGGGCUCUGCUACCUCUGCCUCCCAAUGCUUCAAAGUCUCCCGCUGCUCGUGCCUUUCGCUUGUACUUUUGGCUACUUUGAUGGUGCCUAUGUGACUCUGAUCCCAGUAGUGACUGCAGAAAUCGUGGGGACCACCUCUUUGUCAUCAGCGCUUGGCGUGGUGUACUUCCUCCAUGCAGUGCCUUAUUUGGUGAGCCCACCCAUCGCAGGAUGGCUUGUAGACACGACUGGCAGCUACACUGCAGCGUUUCUUCUCUGUGGAUUCUCAAUGAUAUUUAGUUCUGUGUUGCUUGGCUUUGCUAGACUUGUAAAGAAGAUGAGAAAAACCCAGCUGCAGUUCCUUGCCAAAGAAUCAGAUCCCAAGCUGCAGCUAUGGACCAAUGGAUCGGUGGCUUAUUCUGUAGCAAGAGAAUUAGAUCAGAAAGAUGGGGAGUCUGUGGCUAUAGCAAUGCUUGGUUCCAACCCCACAUGAUCAAUGGCCUUGAGCCUGAAUCUUCAGGGCUGAAAGAGGUGGGACCACUGUAUUGUACAUGUUUCUGAAGGAUUUUAUUUUGGCAGAAGUAUUGCCUUCCAAGGAAAUGUAUCAUUUUAUUAAUAUGUUGGUAGUGGAAAAAUGGCAAAUAACAAAGCAAGCUGGACUGGCUCAGAGUUUCCCCAUUUGGGAUUUGUACUCACAAUUGAACUCCCAUCUUUUGGGCAAUGAGCAUCAGACCAUGGAGAAUGUUAGGACAUAGCUGAUAUAAUUCGCUGUAAAUAGAGGUAAUUUCAAGGCAUGACCAAAGCAGAUGACACUGGGCGCAGCUUUGUUUCAAAUUCUCUGCCCCUCCAUCUUCCCUCCUCAGUUAGAAGGUAAACAGAAACGUUGACAUGUAGGUUUCUUUACGCUGUUUAGAGAAGGGGGUUCUGUAUUAAUCAUUGCCUUUUGAAGAAUCUAAAGUACUCUUCAACAACCUGUUUCAAAUGCUAAUGAGAAACUCCACUAGGAAGGUUUGGCAUCCUCACCUUCCACCACCACUGAAAGCUCUUUUCCUAAGAUGAGGCACUUAACCUCCAACCAGACGCUCACCUCUGUUGCUAUCACAUAUAAUACUUACUCUAAAUUGAGUAGAACACACCAAGACACAUGGGCGAUUUCUAAAUCUUACCAGAAAUGUUAACACUAAUGCUUCCCUUUUUUUUUCCUUUAGAAAUAAAGCAUUUAUUUAAACUGUAGACAAUUCCUGUUAGGAACGGAAAAAUGUUGGCAGCAUUCCAACUGGGCAGGAAUUGAAUUCUUGAAUCAGCAGGUCUCUGGUGAAAGUUUUCUUUUCAGAUCAGAUAUUUAGGUUCGUUACCCAAAACAGGACUUGGGAGUUUUGCCUGAAAAAUAUUAUUCUAGAGAUACUCUGAAGCUGAGAUUCCUUUCUCCCUGUGUUAAUUUUUGUUCCAGUGUCCAGUGCUACUCAUCUCUUUAUAGAUAAUCAUUAGUGGACCUUUUCAGCUGAAUGAGAAGACGUCAGGGGUUAACCUCAGCACCAUAGCCCUCCCACAAAUUGUAGCUUUGGUCAGGGGAGAGGGAGGACAAAGUUAAGAAGGCUAGUGGUGUGUUGUUUUUACAGUUUAUAAUCACAUACCUUAACUCAUUGGAUUAUAGUUUGCUCAUUCCCCAGUACCCUACUUUCCUGUGGUGUGGGAUAAAGUCUUCAGAUUGAAGAGGGAGGGCAUGGGGAGAGAAGAGAAAGGCCAGAUCCCCCAGCCUGUCUCCGACCAUUUUAAGUCCUCUGAAUUAUAAUCCUGAAUCCCAAAUCAUGUUGCACCUGUAACAUAGGGGCAAGUUAUACAAUUGAAAGGGGAUUUUAAUUAUUCAAAAAUUAAAAUCUGAACCUCAGGGAACUAUUUUGACCCUGAAGGCCAUUCAAUCCACUGUCCCCCAUCAGAUCUCACAAAUGCCUUGCCAGGGAUGCUGAGAGAAAAAACACAGCCAUGAGGAAGAUCCAGGGUUGACUAAGCACAUUCAGCAAGAGUCUUUGCCUAUAACUGGAUUAUAAAUAUAUAUAUAAAAUUAUAUAUUAAUACAUUGCUUUCCGAAUGAAAUGCUGACUUGAUUUGAUGGCAGAAAACUAAUAUCUCAUAGGUGUUUUCCAAAGAGAAAACAGGAAUGUUUCCUGUUAUCUUUAUACUUAGUUUGAGAAUUUAGUUGUGAAACCACUUCCUUUGUCAUUUGCAAUUGAAAAACAAUAUUUGGAAAAUAUCUGUAAACAGUCAAAGUUAAAAUGAAGUUUUAUGUGUUUGGAAUAGCACUUUACACUAAAUGUCAUUUCUUGAAUCUUCAAGCCUAAAGAUUUUUUGAAAUAUAAAGAGUUAUAAAUAUUCUUAUACAUAUUUUUUCCUAGUAAUGAUCACAGUAAAAUUUUGUUUAUCUGGUUCUGUGAUGUAAUUUCUCUAAAGUAUUAUAAGUAUUCAUGAAAAAUGAGCACAGAGAUCAGAGCUUUUUAAAAUUUGUAUAAAAUAUUUGUGAUAUUCUGCCUUUAUACAUGCAUACAUUUGUAUUUUACUUUUCUUUUUGGAGUGGCAUUUUUAGGAAACCAGUAAGGAAAAUGUAGAUCUUAGAGGUUACCAUUGUCAUCGACACAAAAUUUUACUGUUACGUUCCAUUUGUCUAUACUGUUUAUUUCAGAAUGGAGCAAUUCAUGGGAAUGAUGUGUUUGUUUUGUAGAAUCAAGAACAAAAUUGUGGUGGGAUGAUUUUACAUCUUAAAUAUUUCUUUAUAUCACUGCAAGUUCUACUUUGAAAUUGAGUAGAAAAGCAAACAAAAUGUGUAACUUCUGUAGAUACACUACCAUUUGGCCUUUUGUUCAGAUUGUGAUUUCACUAAUAGAUUGGAUAUUUAUGAUAAUAUUUUCUUAUUUCAAAAGCAUAAUAAAAUGAGUUUAUAGUCA